UUGCAACAAGCAAGCAAUCGAGAAUCGAUUUGCUUCUUGUCGUCCAUGGCUUCUUCGAGGAGAGAUAUGGAUCGGAUCAAAGGGCCAUGGAGCCCAGAGGAGGAUGACUCGUUGCAGAAACUUGUCGAGAAGCAUGGGCCUAGGAACUGGUCUCUUAUAAGUAAAUCCAUCCCUGGGAGGUCCGGCAAAUCUUGCCGGCUCCGGUGGUGUAAUCAGCUCUCCCCACAGGUGGAGCACCGAGCUUUCACUCCAGAAGAGGAUGAAACGAUCAUCCGUGCGCAUGCUAAGUUCGGUAACAAAUGGGCGACGAUCGCUCGUCUCCUGUCUGGUCGCACCGACAACGCGAUCAAAAACCAUUGGAAUUCAACCCUAAAGCGCAAAUGCUCGUCCAUGAUGGAAGACGCAAGUGUCGACGGGCAUGCACAGCAGCCUCUGAAGAGAUCGUAUAGUGCGGGAGCUGCUAUCCCAACCGUUUCUUCACUCUAUCUCAGCAGCCCAGGCAGCCCCUCUGGAUCCGACGUAAGCGAUUCAAGUCUCCCCGUGAUGUCUUCGUCUCAUGUUUAUCGCCCUGUGGCGAGAACAGGAGGCAUCUUGCCGCCAUCUCAGCAGCAGCAGCAGCUGCUCGAAACAUCGUCUUCGACGAAUGACCCACCAACCUCGCUCAGUCUCUCCCUACCCGGAGCGGAUUCCUGCGAGGUUUCUAAUCAUGUAUCUGUUGGGUCAAGCCAUGCACCAAACCCUACCCAGCUACCUACUCCCCUUACGCUUCCUACUGCCGUUCCAGUGCAGCAAUUUGCAUCUCCCCAGCUUGAUAACCAAUAUAGACAGUACAACGAGUUCGGAUCUUCAGAGGCGCCACCUGCAGAGAAUCCAUUUAUCCCUUUCAGUACUGAGUUCAUUACUGUGAUGCAAGAGAUGAUCAAAAAGGAAGUCAGGAAUUACUUGUCCGAACAGAACGGGCUGUGUUUGCAGGCGGAUGGGAUUAGGAACGCUGCUGUGAAGCGUAUUGGCAUCAGCAAGAUCGAGUAGAGAGUUUUAAGCUGAUUUUCACAAAAAGACCAAGAUUUGAAUGAAGAUGGAAGAGAGGGAAAGACAAUGCA